CUCUCGGCGGCUGCAGCGGCGGCGAUAGCAGCGGCGGCGGCGGGGCCCGUCCCGGCGGGCAGCACGGCGGCGGCAGAAGCCGGAGGCCCCGGCGGGAGCGCGGGAGAAACCAGCGCGGCGACGCUCAUGGCGAGCGGAAACGCCGACCCACCGCCGCCGAAGCCACCGCGGACGAUCCGGUCGCCUCCUCCUCCUCCUUUUUCUUCUUCUUAA